AGCACCCAGGGGGAGAGGUGAUGGAUCGAUCGUUGCGGAACCGAGGGUCCGUGAUCCUGUUGGGUCUCUUGCUUGCUGGAUCUUUGUUUGCAUUCUCAAUUGCUAAGGAAGAGGCCACCAAGUUGGGAACAGUUAUUGGGAUAGAUCUUGGCACCACCUACUCUUGUGUUGGUGUCUAUAAGAACGGUCAUGUUGAGAUCAUAGCCAAUGACCAAGGAAACCGCAUCACCCCAUCUUGGGUGGCUUUCACUGAUUCUGAGAGAUUGAUUGGUGAGGCCGCAAAGAAUCAGGCAGCCGUGAACGCCGAAAGGACCAUUUUCGACGUGAAAAGACUUAUCGGAAGAAGAUUUGAGGACAAAGAAGUACAGAGGGACAUGAAACUUGUUCCAUACAAAAUCGUUAACAAGGAUGGUAAGCCUUAUAUCCAAGUCAAGAUCAAGGAUGGUGAAGUUAAAGUUUUUAGCCCCGAGGAAAUCAGUGCAAUGAUUUUGACAAAGAUGAAAGAGACGGCAGAGGCUUUCCUCGGAAAGAAAAUUAACGAUGCUGUGGUUACUGUUCCAGCUUAUUUCAAUGAUGCUCAAAGGCAGGCAACCAAAGAUGCUGGCAUUAUAGCUGGCUUGAAUGUGGCCAGAAUUAUCAAUGAACCAACCGCUGCUGCCAUAGCAUAUGGUCUGGACAAGAAGGGUGGUGAAAAGAACAUUCUUGUUUUUGACCUUGGUGGUGGGACAUUCGAUGUUAGCAUCCUGACAAUCGAUAAUGGAGUUUUUGAAGUUCUUGCCACUAAUGGCGACACUCAUCUGGGAGGUGAGGACUUUGAUCAGAGAAUCAUGGAAUACUUCAUUAAACUGAUCAAGAAGAAGCAUGGAAAGGACAUCAGUAAGGAUAACCGUGCUCUUGGGAAGCUGAGGAGGGAAGCCGAACGUGCCAAGAGAGCUUUGAGUAACCAGCACCAAGUCCGUGUUGAGAUCGAAUCGAUCUACGAAGGCUUGGAUUUCUCUGAGCCUCUUACUCGUGCCCGUUUCGAAGAGUUGAACAACGAUCUAUUCAGGAAGACUAUGGGCCCCGUGAAGAAGGCUAUGGAAGACGCCGGACUGGAGAAGAACCAGAUUGAUGAGAUUGUUCUCGUCGGCGGGAGCACAAGGAUUCCGAAGGUCCAACAACUCUUGAAGGAUUACUUCGAUGGAAAAGAGCCAAACAAGGGGGUCAACCCGGACGAGGCCGUAGCAUACGGUGCGGCUGUACAGGGAAGCAUUCUGAGCGGAGAAGGCGGUGAAGAAACUAAAGACAUUCUUCUUCUGGAUGUGGCACCUCUCACUCUUGGGAUUGAGACGGUUGGUGGAGUGAUGACCAAGUUGAUUCCAAGGAACACUGUGAUCCCAACCAAGAAGUCUCAGGUGUUCACAACGUACCAAGAUCAGCAGACUGUUGUCUCCGUCCAGGUCUUCGAGGGCGAGAGGAGUCUCACGAAGGACUGCAGACUGCUUGGCAAGUUUGAUUUAUCUGGAAUUCCACCAGCUCCUAGGGGCACGCCUCAGAUCGAAGUCACUUUCGAGGUCGAUGCCAAUGGCAUUUUGAACGUCAGGGCAGAAGAUAAGGGUACCGGAAAGUCGGAGAAGAUCACCAUCACCAACGAGAAGGGCCGGCUCAGCCAGGAAGAGAUUGAACGGAUGGUUCGGGAGGCAGAGGAGUUCGCCGAGGAGGACAAGAAGGUGAAGGAGAAGAUUGAUGCUCGUAACCAGUUGGAGACCUAUGUCUACAACAUGAAGAACACCAUUAACGACAAGGAUAAGCUCGCCGACAAGAUCGAGAGUGAAGAGAAGGAGAAGAUAGAGGCAGCACUGAAGGACGCCCUGGAGUGGCUGGACGACAACCAGAAUGCCGAGAAAGAGGACUACGAUGAGAAGCUCAAGGAGGUGGAAGCUGUUUGCAAUCCCAUCAUUUCUGCUGUGUAUCAGAAAUCUGGCGGCGCGCCUGGCGGUGGCUCCGACGGCGGUGACGACGACGACGACGCACACGACGAGCUUUAAAGCAGCAGACAUUCUAGAUGGGAUUUCUACAGAUUUGAGAUCAGAGCUCAUCAGAAAGAGCUCGGCUCGUUAGCUCAAGCCUGGUUUUUGAUUCCGGAUUCUUCAUACCCUAGAAAUAGAUUUCUCUUCUUUUAAUGCCUUUUAUUUAGCUAGUAAAAA